AUGUGUAUCUAUGGAGAUGACACUGUGGUGCCCUGUGCUCAUUGCAGUGUGUGUGUACAGGUGACACUGCGACAUGGUCCUGGUCCCAGGUGUUGGGCUGAGAAGACACACACUGAGCGGAGGCUGUUGGUCCUAGUGUGUGCACUGUCUGUUGCCUUGUUCUUCUCGCUCAUCACUGUCGGGAUCUUCUACAAAGAGAGUGAGUGACUGAGAUUAUUAAGCCUGAUUUGGCUAAAUAAUCCUGAGAAGAGAAUUGACCAAACACAACCUAGGGUUGCUCCUUCAUGUUCAUAUAAUCUGCCAAGAUUUUCUAAGGUACAAAUCUUUACUGUACCGUCUGUAUUUUCUCAGCUCAGUAUUAAUUUCCUUGUUUUUUGAAAAGGGAACCAAAUGCCACUUCCUCAUAUUCAACCACCUAUCAGCCCACACGACAAAUCACUGUCGUCUGUUAUGUGCUUUUACUAGACCAUUCACCUUUCCACUCCUUUUAUUCAGCUAUAAUUUUAAUCAUUGAUUAAAAAACUAAACUUAUUGUCCUAAAAAAACAGCCUUAAACAUGAGACAGAAUGAGAAUGCACUAACUAGACUUUGGGUUAUGAAUUGUUAUCCCUCUAAAAAUAUAAACAUGUUUUCCACAUCCUUUCCCAAAAUAACACAAAGGGAGUUGCCAAAUGCCCCUGGGCUGUCCCUCAGCUUUUGCAACUAGUCCCAAAUUCCAGAGAACUUUCUAACAAAAUUGUUAUCCAUCACCUUUCAGUCCAGUGAAAGGGAAAGAAUACUCAGUGAGCUCAGUUUACACUCCUGCUUCCACAGCCAGUUAAAUAUAUGCCAAUCACGUCAAAGCCAACAAAUGCCCAUCUUAGAAUGGCAGCAACGGACAAUGGCCUGCUGAGAAUUUUCCCCAACCGUGCUGCGGCAUUGUCCAUGAGUGAGGGAACCCAGAGAGAGGGGCCUGGCUGGGUGAUUGAUACCCUGCACCUGUGGAGCACAUUCAGGUGUGACAGGUACAGUGCAUUCGGAAAGUAUUCAGACCCCUUAUUCUAAAAUGGAUUAAAUAAAUAAAAAUCCUCAAUCUACACACAAUACCCCAUAAUGACAAAGUGAAAACACGUUUGUAGAAAUGUUUGCAAAUGUAUAGAAAAAAUAAAUAUAAAAAAUACCUUAUUUACAUAAGUAUUCAGACCCUUUGCUAUGAGACUCGAAAUUGAGCUCAGGUGCACCCUGUUUCCAUUGAUCAUUCUUAAGAUGUUUCUACAACUUGAUUGGAGUCCACCUGUGGUAAAUUCAAUUGAUUGGACAUGAUUUGGAAAGGCACACACCCACAACCGUCUAUAUAAGGUCCCACAGUUGACAGUGCAUGUCAGAGCAUAAACCAAGCCAUGAGGUCAAAGGAAUUGUCCGUAGAGCUCUGAGACAGGAUUGUGUCGAGGCACAGAUCUGGGGAAGGGAACCAAAAACUUUCUGCAGCAUUGAAGGUCUCCAAGAACACAGUGGCCUCCAUCAUUCUUAAAUCCAAGAAGUUUGGAACCACCAAGACUCUUCCUAGAUCUGACCGCCCGGCCAAACCGAGCAAUCGGGGGAGAAGGGCCUUGGUCAGGGAGGUGACCAAGAACCAUCUGGAGAUGGGAGAACCUUCCAGAAGGACAACCAUCUCUGCAGUACUUCACCAAUCAGGCCUUUAUGGUAGAGUGGCCAGAUGUAAGCCACUCCUCAGUAAGAGGCACAUGACAGCCAGCUUGGAGUUUGCCAAAAGGCACCUGAAGGACUCUGACCAUGAGAAACAAGAUUCUCUAAUCUGAUGAAACCAAGAUUGAACUCUUUGGCCUGAAUGCCAAGCGUCACAUCUGGAGGAGACCUGGCACCAUCCCUACGGUGAAGCAUGGUGGUGGCAGCAUCAUUCUGUGGGGAUGUUUUUCAGCGGCAGGGACUGGGAGACUAGUCAGGAUCGAGGGAAAGCUGAACGGAGCAAAGUACAGAGAGACGCUUGAUGAAAACCUGCUCCAGAGCACUCAGGAGCUCAGACUGGGAGAAGGUUCACCUUCCAACAGGACAACGACCUAAGCACACAGCCAAGACAACGCAGGAGUGGCUUCGGGACAAGUCUCUGAAUGUCUUUGAGUGGCCCAGCCAGAGCCUGAACUUGAACCUGAUUGAACAUCUCUGGAGAGACCUGAAAAUAGCUGUGCAGCGACGCUCCCCAUCCAACCUGACAGAGCUUGAGAGGAUCUGCAGAUACGAAUGGGAGAAAUUCCCCAAAUACAGGUGUGCCAAGCUUGUAGCAUCAUACCCAAGAAGACUCGAGGCUGUAAUCGCUGCUUAAGGUGCUUCAACAAAGUACUGAGUAAAGGGUCUGAAUACAAACCGUGCCAAUAUAUCCUCCAAACACCAGCUUCGAGGGCAAUAUCAUUUUUAUACAACGGGUUACCAACAUAUUCAAAUAAUAAUUUACAUAUUUUCAUUAAUGUUAUUUUGAUAACUUUAUUCAUACUAUUUGAACCUUCCACAAGAUAUAGUCCCGACACAAAUCUAGGGUUGCUACCCAAGCCGGCUGGUCGUUCGUUCUAUCGGUUCGGUUGCCAGAGACACAACCUUUUUGUUCUGUAUCCAGUCGUUCUUUCUAAAUGUUCCAUUGCCAUACUGGCUGACAAUGUUCUUAUCCCUUGCUUGCUAGCUAGCCAACUACAGCUAACUUAGUCACGUCAAACAUUGCAGCCAGAAUAACAACAAAGUAGCUGCAUUUGUGUUUGUUUAAGCUGUGUUCUAUUGACAUUUAUUUGGAUAUAUCCAUAACAAUGAGCUAAUGAUGUGUGAUUUCGCGUGGCGUAGAAAAUGUGCUCUCUCGUCAGGACACUGUUGUUCAGAGGAGCUAGCCAACAACACAGCUAACACAAUCACUUCAAACAAAGCUGUAAAGACAGCAAACUAGCUGCACUUCGUUUGACCUGUUUUCUAUUGAUAGUUCUUUGUAUAUAUCCGUAAAUAUGAUGCCGAUUCAUGAUUUCGACUGGCUGAGAAAAGCUGCCUGCCUUUCUGUUUCAUCCCAACUCCCGACACGUUCAUUACUAUGGGACAGCUGGAGAUCGAAUUUGAAUAUUGAAACAAUGUUGCAAAUGUCGGAGAGACAGACAAAUCUCCGCUGUUGAAAACUAAAUGUUAGUCUAAAAGAAAUGUGAGAAUGUCUAGAUGCUUUUUAUAGUGGCGAUCAAAUUUAUAAAUUGCCUUGCUGGGCUGAUGAGACAGUGGAUUGCGCAGUCAGAUGGAACAGAGUAAAUAUGCAUUUCCAGGGGCGCAACUUUCACUGGGGAUGGGGGGGGGACAUGUCCCCCCCCACCCCCACACACACAUUUUGAAAUGGCAUUUUUGUCCCCCCCAGUUUUAACAUUUCAAUGUGAUACAAAACAAUGCAACGGUGUGCUUUAGGACCAUGUGGACGCCUCCGAGCAGUCGGGUAGGAUGUUUGGAGUGUUUAUCCAACUGAAAAAAUGUACACUACCGUUCAAAAGUUUGGGGGUCACUUAGAAAUGUCCUUGUUUUCGAAGGAAAAGCAAUUUUUUGGACCAUUACAAUAACAUCAAAUUGAUCAGAAAUACAGUGUAAACACUGUUAAUGUUGUAAAUGGCUAUUGUAGCUGGAAACGGCUGAUUUCUAAUGGAAUAUCUACAUAGGCCCAUUAUCAGCAACAUUUACAUUUACAUUUUAGUCAUUUAGCAGACGCUCUUAUCCAGAGCAACCAUCGGUCCUGUGUUCCAAUGGCACGUUGUGUUUGCUAAUCCAAGUUUAUCAUUUUAAAAAGGCUAAUUGAUCAUUAGAAAACCCUUUUGCAAUUAUGUUAGCACAGCUGAAAACUGUUGUGCUGAUUAAAGAAGCAAUACAACUGGCCUUCUUGAGACUAGUUGAGUAUCUGGAGCAUCAGCAAUUGUGGGUUCGAUUACAGGAUUAAAAUGUCCAGAAACAAAUAACUUUCUUCUGAAACUCGUCAGUCUAUUCUUGUUCUGAGAAAUGAAGGCUAUUCCAUGUGAGAAAUUGCUAAGAAACUGAAGAUCUUGUACAACGCUGUGUACUAGAGAACAGCGCAAACUGGCUCUAACCAGAAGAGAAAGAGGAGUGGGAGGCCCCAGUGCACAACUGAGCAAGAGGACAAAUACAUUAGUGUCUAGUUUGAGAAACAGACGCCUCACAGGUCCUCAACUGGCAGCUUCAUUAAAUAGUACCCGCAAAACACCAGUCUCAACGUCAACAGUGAAGAGGCGACUCCGGGAUGCUGACCUUCUAGGCAGAGUUGCAAAGAAAAAGCCAUAUCUCAGACUGGCCAAUAAAAAGAAAAGAUUAAGAUGGGCAAAAGAACACAGGCACUGGACAGAGGAAGAUUGGAAAAAAGUGUUGUGGACAGACUAAUCGAAGUUUGAGGUGUUCGGAUCACAAAGAAGAACAUUUGUGAGACGCAGACCAAAUGAAAAGAUGCUGGAGGAGUGCUUGAUGCUAUCUGUCAAGCAUGGUGGAGGAAAUGUGAUGGUCUGGGGGUGCUUUGGUGGUGGUAAAGUGGGAGAUUUGUACAGGGUAAAAGGGAUCUUGAAGAAGGAAGGCUAUCACUCCAUUUUGUGGAUGGCGCUUGAUUGGAGUCAAUUUCCUCCUACAACAGGACAAUGACCCAAAGCACAGCUCCAAAUUAUGCAAUAACUAUUUAGGGAAGAAGCAGUCAGUUGGUAUUCUGUCUAUAAUGGAGUGGCCAGCACAGUCACCGGAUCUCAACCCUAUUGAGAUGCUGUGGGAGCAGCAUGACCGUAUGGUACGUAAGAAGUGCCCAUCAAGCCAAUCCAACUUGUGGGAGGUGCUUCAGGAAGCAUGGGGCGAAAUCUCUUCAGAUUACCUCAACAAAUUGACAACUAGAAUGCCAAAGAUCUGCAAGGCUGUAAUUGCUGCAAAUGGAGGAUUCUUUGAUGAAAGCAAAGUUUGAAGGACAAUUAUUAUUUCUAUUAAAAAUCAUUAUUUCUAACCUUGUCAAUGACUACAUUUUCUAUGCAUUUUGCGAUAUUUCCUAUUCAAACUCAUUUGAUGUAUGUUUUCAUGUAAAACAAGGACAUUUCUAAGUGACCCCAAACUUUUGAACGGUAGUGUAUGUCCCCCCCACUUCUAAAACCAAAGUUGCGCCCCUGGGCAUUUCAACAUCAUAGAUUUAGCAGGUGGUAACUUGUGGAAUAGACAUUGGUUGGAAUGCGGUUUUAACCCAUCAGCAUUCAGGUUUAGAUCCACCCGUUGUAUAAAGUGGGACAAUGACUGACAGUGACCUCGUCUGUGACACAACCUCUCGAGGGGCAGCCCUUCUCUCCUCUAUGGAAACUCCAUCUAUCUAUUUUUCACUGUUUAUUUCAAGAGCUUAGAGAGAGAAGUUAUUUUUCUGAGGUUAUGUUUUGGCAGUUACCUGUAGAAAACAAUGGUUUCCAGAUGGUCUGAAAACACCCAUGCGCGUUUUCGAUCUCAUUAUAUAUUUUGGAUGAUUUAUUUAAAGGCCCUGAAAUAUACUAGCUGUUUAAGCAAAGAGAUAGUGUUGUCCAACUGUUGAGGCUAAAGUAGCAGUGUCUGUAAAAUAUAUUAUAUACAGUAUGUUUAGCUGCUUGUCCCACUCCCUGUUGGCAGCUCACCCUGGCAUGUGUCGGACGGAGCCAUGCGUUACUGUGGCCAGUGCUGUGAUGGGAGCCAUGGACCGCUCUGUGGACCCCUGCCAUGACUUCUACAACUUUGCCUGUGGGGGAUGGGUGAGGAACAACCCCCUCCCUGAGGGAAAGUCCCGAUGGGGUCCCUUCAGCAACCUAUGGGAGCGCAACAUGGCCGUCAUGAAGCACCUGCUAGGUAAGGUUCCUCCUUAGGGGAUAGGGAGUCCUUAGCUGCCCCUCUCUCCCUAAACAACCUAGAGAAAUACAAGCAAAAAGUUAUGGCCUAAACUAAAAGUAGAGCAUGCGUGAUUUAUUUUAGAAUGCAUUGUUGGGCGGGUUGUUUGCUUUGACAUCUCGCUCAAUUAGAAAGAGUCUCUUUUUGCAUUUUAUUGCUGGCACUGUAGUAACACAAAACAAAAAUUGUGUCAUUCACUUUUUUCUAGCUAAUUUCAAUUGGAAGAGGUAGCUUAGGGUUGAGGCUUUACCAUACAUGCUAAAUUAGACCAAUUUAUCCACUUAUGGAAACAACCUCGCUAUAAGCAAAGAUGAUUGGCGAUAUGAACUAUCCUGCUAGCAUACAGUUACUGCUCUGCCUGUCCCGUCCUUUCCACCUGCCUCGCUCUGCUUGCUCCGCUCACCCGCUUCUGGUGAGUUUAGGCUUUAUUGCCUCACUGUUCUUUCUACAGGUGUGUUAUAGUUACGUUCCCCAGCAAGAAAACCAAACAUUUCGCUCAAACCGAAGGGGGAACUAACAAAGAGUCACUGACCAACAACCAAAAUGAAACCGGUGGGUUUCUGAAAAACACUCAUGGGGGUGUCCACUGAAAGUUGACUAGCAACAACAACUGGGACCUAAAAGACACCCACCAGGAGCGCCCACUACAUUUGCCCAAAAAGAGGCUAACAAAGAAAAACCCACACCAAACGUAAAGACAGGAACCAAACCAAAAAGUUGAGCAAAAUGAACAGGGAAGAUCAGAUAAAGGAUUGUUUGUCUAGAAAUCAAAAUAUUGAGCACCAACUAAAGGUGAUGACCCUCCACAUGUCUCAAGACAACUGGAGCACUGGGCCAGUCACUCUUAAAUAGCACCUGGGCCAGCACUGGUGAAACACCUUCCCACUAACGAGAUGGCAACCAGCACAGGUGUAGCACAUACUGACUAACGAGGUGUCACCAAUCUGUGCGCCCUACGUGCUAAAGAGCUAUACGGGCUGAAGUCCAACCUCAAAACAUAAAUGGAAAAACGAAAGCCAGUAACAGUUAUCCUUUCAUUGUUAUGUAAGAGAAGUUUGGAGAAGACUUAACUGUAAAACAUGUUGUGUUUGGCAGAGAACACCACCAUGAAGGGGCUGAGCAAGGCUGAGGAGAAGGCCCAGAGGUAUUACAAGGCCUGUAUGAAUGAGACUAAGAUCGAGGAGUUAGGGGCUCAGCCUCUACAGGAGCUCAUCAAUCAGGUGAGUUCUCUCCUCAAGAGGCAUCCUCAUCUAGUCGUCUGACAUGGCCCUAUGUAGCUAUAAUGUCACGUUUGAUGUGCUAAUAGAUGUGUAACGUAUUCUUUAUGACAUACAGUAAAUGUGAAUAGUUACAUACAUUUUUUUUUUUUUCAUUUAUCCUUGAUGUAUCCAUUGCCCUGAUAUUAAGGAUCACAACCUCUCAGGUUUUAAGUGAGCCUCUCUCUGAAGGAGAUCAUACAUUUUAUUUUUCAGAUGGGAGGAUGGGCCCUAACUGGCUCCUGGGACAACAACAAUUUCCAGGAGAUUCUACGCACUGUGUCAGCCAACUACCACUGCUCCCCCUUCUUCACUGUGUUUGUCAGCACAGACUCCAAGAGCUCCAACAGCAAUAUUAUCCAGGUGAGAGGAGAGCCAGUGGCCCCAGUGGCUCCAGGCUCAGACAGUGGCCCCAGGCCCAGACAGUGGCUCUAGGCCCAGCUACUCCCACAGGCCUUCUCCUAACUUAUUUAGCUUUUGAUUUACAUUCCUAUUUACAUUUGGUAGAACAUUAAUCAAACAUCACUUAUCCCCAGAUCUGCUCAGAGAGGAUUUACAGUGGGGAAAAAAAGAUUUUAGUCAGCCACCAAUUGUGCAAGUUCUCCCACUUAAAAAGAUGAGAGAGGCCUGUAAUUUUCAUCAUAGGUACACGUCAACUAUGACAGACAAAAUGAGAAAAAAAAUCCAGAAAAUCACAUUGUAGAAUUUUUAAUGAAUUUAUUUGCAAAUUAUGGUGGAAAAUAAGUAUUUGGUCAAUAACAAAAGUUUCUCAAUACUUUGUUAUAUACCCUUUGUUGGCAAUGACACAGGUCAAACGUUUUCUGUAAGUCUUCACAAGGUUUUCACACACUGUUGCUGGUAUUUUGGCCCAUUCAUCCAUGCAGAUCUCCUCUAGAGCAGUGAUGUUUUGGGGCUGUCGCUGGGCAACACAGACUUUCAACUCCCUCCAAAGAUUUUCUAUGGGGUUGAGAUCUGGAAACUGGCUAGGCCACUCCAGGACCUUGAAAUGCUUCUUACGAAGCCACUCCUUCGUUGCCCGGGCGGUGGGUUUGGGAUCAUUGUCAUGCUGAAAGACCCAGCCACGUUUCAUCUUCAAUGCCCUUGCUGAUGGAAGGAGGUUUUCACUCAAAAUCUCACGAUACAUGGCCCCAUUCAUUCUUUCCUUUACACGGAUCAGUCGUCCUGGUCCCUUUGCAGAAAAACAGCCCCAAAGCAUGAUGUUUCCACCCCCAUGCUUCACAGUAGGUAUGGUGUUCUUUGGAUGCAACUCAGCAUUCUUUGUCCUCCAAACACGACGAGUUGAGUUUUUACCAAAAAGUUCUAUUUUGGUUUCAUCUGACCAUAUGACAUUCUCCCAAUCCUCUUCUGGAUCAUCCAAAUGCACUCUAGCAAACUUCAGACGGGCCUGGACAUGUACUGGCUUAAGCAGGGGGACACGUCUGACACUGCAGGAUUUGAGUCCCUGGCGGCGUAGUGUGUUACUGAUGGUAGGCUUUGUUACUUUGGUCCCAGCUCUCUGCAGGUCAUUCACUAGGUCCCCCGUGUGGUUCUGGGAUUUUUGCUCACCAUUCUUGUGAUCAUUUUGACCCCACGGGGUGAGAUCUUGCGUGGAGCCCCAGAUCGAGGGAGAUUAUCAGUGGUCUUGUAUGUCUUCCAUUUACUAAUAAUUGCUCCCACAGUUGAUUUCUUCAAACCAAGCUGCUUACCUAUUGCAGAUUCAGUUUUUCCAGCCUGGUGCAGGUCUACAAUUUUGUUUCUGGUUUCCUUUGACAGCUCUUUGGUCUUGGCCAUAGUGGAGUUUGGAGUGUGACUGUUUGAGGUUGUGGACAGGUGUCUUUUAUACUGAUAACAAGUUCAAACAGAUGCCAUUAAUACAGGUAACGAGUGGAGGACAGAGGAGCCUCUUAAAGAAGAAGUUACAGGUCUGUGAGAGCCAGAAAUCUUGCUUGUUUGUAUGUGACCAAAUACUUAUUUUCCACCAUAAUUUGCAAAUAAAUUCAUUAAAAAUCUUACAAUUUGAUUUUCUGGAUUUUUUCUCUCUCCAUUUGUCUGUCAUAGUUGACAUGUACCUAUGAUGAAAAUUACAGGCCUCUCUCAUCUUUUUAAGUGGGAGAACUUGCACAAUUGGUGGCUGACUAAAUAAAAAAAUUCCCCACUGUACAUGCACAUUUACAUGCUCUUUCUUGUAAAGGAGAUGUUAGAAAUUGUAUGGUUAAUCGAAGCUGCAGUAUACUGUAGAUCCUUUAAUACUAUACUGUCAAAGCAACAGUGGGGACACAGGCUCACUUUGCUCAGAGCGCUGAAAUGUUUCAAUGGGGUGUGAGCUGGUAGUCAUGUGCUGUUCCUCUUACCCUACUGUACAGGUGGAUCAAUCCGGGCUGGGGCUCCCCUCUCGCGAUUAUUACCUCAACAAAACUGCCAAUGCAAAGGUACUGACAGGCGGCUGCACUAUGGCUCUAAGGGUUUAACUGGGUGAAUGGGCUUAAAAAUUGCAAAAAUUGUAGCAUGAUGAAAGACAGGGUAAGGGAGGACUUAAAAUAGAUCCGUGCCUUGAUACAGAGGCCAGAUUAAAUUAGGAAAUUAACUUUAUAAAUUGGCACACUAUACUGAGAAACUUAUCUCGCUAGAUAUUUAUGUUUCAGUAGCUAGGUUUCCAUCCAAUUGGCGACAGAUUUUCAGGUGAAUAUUCUAAAAUGUACAUAAAAAUAAUAUGUUAAUUUUCCCACCAGAGAUGUGUUUCCAUCAAAUUGACUUGUUGCUGAUAAAAGGCUAUGCGUGACGAUGUAGUGCACAUAAAAAUAACUUAUGCGGUUACAUUCCAUGUACCGAAUUUAAAAAAAACAACAAGUUAAAUGGGUUUCCAUCGUAUUUUCAACUCUACUGAUGGUUUUGUCACUACAAAUGUUAUAUAGCGAAUGUCUUGACACAUGCAUUCUAGUCAACAGCUCGCAGAUACAGUGCGAGUAUAGCCUAAAUCAGGGGUAUUCAACUCUUACCCUACGAGUUCCGGAGCCUGCUGGUAUUCUGUUCUACCUGAUAAUGAAUUGCACCACCUGGUGUCCCAGGUCUUAAAUCAGUCCCUGGUUAGAGGGGAACAAUGAAAAAACGCAGUGGAACUGGCUUCGAGGUCCAGAGUUCAGUUUGAGAGGCCUACAUGAUGAGAUAAUUAUGGACAAAAGAGCGAGAUUAUUUUUAUUGGUCAAACGGCAGCCAAGAAUUGAUCAUCCUGUCACUAGAAUAAGGAGCAUCAAGCUCAUCACUGUGCACUUUCACCACCCUGUGAAGUUCAUCGUAACUUAUUUAAUCUGUAGCCUAAUAAACAGCAUGCGUUCCCGAGUCGUAGUGGAAGGACCACACAACUUAUCAUUGCGUGACUCAACGUUUACUUCGAUAUGAUGGUUAUUAUAUCAAUAUUUGGUUUUGUCUACAUUUUUUUUGUCGACAAAUUUGCUGUUUCCAUCAGGCCUGUUGUGAAAAUUUUUUUAUCCGACAUGUACUUUACUGGCAUAAAAAGGUUGGAUGGAAACCUGGUUAGUAGUAAUAGAAAACAACCAAAGGGGCAGUAUAAAACCCUACAGUAUCCCACUUGAACAGAAAAUGAAGAAAUAAUAGAGAAAGAAUGUAUAGCUCAAGGGAUAACGCUCUGCUUGUAAUAGUCAGUAUUUUCCUAGUGCUGGAUUGUGUUUUUAAUUGAAUUUAACCAACAUCUCUCCCUCUGUGCUGACUACAUGGUCUUGGCAGUAUCUGAAUGCAUACCUAGACUUCCUGGUGGAGUUAGGGGUCCUGUUGGGGGGCUCACAGGAGACGUCCAGAUCGCUGAUGCAGGAGAUUGUGGACUUUGAGACCACCCUGGCCAACAUCACCGUACCCCAGGAGGAGAGGAGGGACGAGGAGCUAAUCUACCAUAAGAUCCAGGCAAAGGAUCUGCCGGUCAGUACCAGCCCAACUUGCGUCUCUCUGUCCCUUCAGCUGAUCCAAACAUCAACACCAUGUCCACCUGCAGUAUCACCAGAUACAAACAUACAGUAGAUUGAACUGUCUCAAUCAACAAGUGUAUUUAAUUUGCAUAGAUUGCAUUUUUGGAUUAACAGUGCCUUCUCCUACAGUGAGGGAAAAAAGUAUUUGAUCCCCUGCUGAUUUUGUACGUUUGCCCACUGACAAAGAAAUUAUCAGUCUAUAAUUUUAAUGGUAGGUUUAUUUGAACAGUGAGAGACAGAAUAACAACAAAAAAAUCCAGAAAAACGCAUGUCAAAAAUGUUAUAAAUUGAUAUGCAUUUUAAUGAGGGAAAUAAGUAUUUGACCCCCUCUCAAUCAGAAAGAUUUCUGGCUCCCAGGUGUCUUUUAUACAGGUAACGAGCUGAGAUUAGGAGCACACUCUUAAAGGGAGUGCUCCUAAUCUCAGUUUGUUACCUGUAUAAAAGACACCUGUCCACAGAAGCAAUCAAUCAAUCAGAUUCCAAACUCUCCACCAUGGCCAAGACCAAAGAGCUCUCCAAGGAUGUCAGGGACAAGAUUGUAGACCUACACAAGGCUGGAAUGGGCUACAAGACCAUAGCCAAGCAGCUUGGUGAGAAGGUGACAACAGAUGGUGCGAUUAUUCGCAAAUGGAAGAAACACAAAAGAACUGGGGCUCCAUGCAAGAUCUCACCUCGUGGAGUUGCAAUGAUCAUGAGAACGGUGAGGAAUCAGCCCAGAACUACACGGGAAGAUCUUGUCAAUGAUCUCAAGGCAGCUGGGACCAUAGUCACCAAGAAAACAAUUGGUAACACACUACGCUGUGAAGGACUGAAAUCCUGCAGUGCCCGCAAGUUCCCCCUGCUCAAGAAAGCACAUAUACAGGCCCGUCUGAAGUUUGCCAAUGAACAUCUGAAUGAUUCAGAGGAGAACUGGGUGAAAGUGUUGUGGUCAGAUGAGACCAAAAUCGAGCUCUUUGGCAUCAACUAAACUCGCCGUGUUUGGAGGAGGAGGAAUGCUGCCUAUGACCCCAAGAACACCAUCCCUACCGUCAAACAUGGAGGUGGAAACAUUAUGCUUUGGAGGUGUUUUUCUGCUAAGGGGACAGGACAACUUCACUGCAUCAAAGGGACGAUGGAUGGGGCCAUGUACCGUCAAAUCUUGGGUGAGAACCUCCUUCCCUCAGCCAGGGCAUUGAAAAUGGGUCGUGGAUGGGUAUUCCAGCAUGACAAUGACCCAAAACACACGACCAAGGCAACAAAGGAGUGGCUCAAGAAGAAGCACAUUAAGGUCCUGGAGUGGCCUAGCCAGUCUCCAGACCUUAAUCCCAUAGAACAUCUGUGGAGGGAGCUGAAGGUUCGAGUUGCCAAACGUCAGCCUCAAAACCUUAAUGACUUGGAGAAGAUCUGCAAAGAGGAGUGGGACAAAAUCCCUCCUGAGAUGUGUGCAAACCUGUUGGCCAACUACAAGAAACGUCUGACCUCUGUGAUUGCCAACAAGGGUUUUGCCAACAAGUACUAAGUCAUGUUUUGCAGAGGGGUCAAAUACUUAUUUCCCUCAUUAAAAUGUAAAUCAAUUUACAACAUUUUUGACAUACAUUUUUCUUGAUUUGUUUGUUGUUAUUCUGUCUCUCAUUGUUCAAAUAAACCUACCAUUAAAAUUAUAGACUGAUCAUGUCUUUGUCAGUGGGCAAACGUACAAAAUCAGCAGGGGAUCAAAUACUUUUUUCCCUCACUGUAGGUCUUUCUUUCUACUUUCUGUUCAUACCUGCUGAUUAAAAAAAGCAAAAAAAUACAAAUCUGAUGGAAGUGCACGAGUAGAUGUUGACAGUAUCAUUGUUUCUGUGUGUGUCUGUAGACCUUGGCUCCUGCGGUGGACUGGAUGCCCUACCUCACGGAUGUGUUUGCUCCUGUUCCCCUAAAUGACUCGGAGCCUGUGGUGGUGUACGCCAAGGACUACCUCCAGAAGGUCUCUGACCUCAUUGCAAGCACUAACAAGAGGUUAGAAUCACUUCCUAUCCCUUCCUUCCACUCAUGAUUCAUAUUAAAAUUCUGAUGGACAGCACUUUGUAAUUAAGGUAACCAUUGGGGUGAUAUGGUUUAUGCAAGAUUUCGGAGAGUGAUAUGAUAUGAGCAGCACAGGGGACAUCAUAAAACGUUAUGCAAACUACAUAUAGAAUAUAACCUUUUGCUUCCUUUCCUGAAAUGUUAAUGCGAUGAAUGGUGUAAUUAUUUAAUCUACUCCUACCUGAGCAGUGUCCUGAACAACUACAUGAUCAUGAAGGUGGUGAGGAAGAUGGUGUCCAUCCUGGACAAGAAGUUCCAGGAUGCUGAGCAACGCUUCUUUGAAGUCAUGUACGGAACCAAGAAGGUGAGAGAGAGAUGGAGAUAGCGUCAGGGCUGUAAACUGGCAGGGAAAUUGGCAACAGACCUACAUAUAAGGGUACUCAAGGGGGACCGGCUUUUCCUGCUGCCUCAGUCAGAGGUAAAGCUAUAUUUGCUUAUAGCACAGAUAAAAAUAAAUUAGUGGCUGAAACUAUGUGCCUAUAAAGUAAACUGUAAACAGAAAUUGGCAUAGAUAAAACUUAAUGAGAUGUGCACUUGUCAGUGGCGUUAAAGGGGAACUUAAAGGGACACUUUGGGAUUUUGGCAGAGGCCUUUUAUCUACUUCUCCAGAGUCUCUUUGUCCAGUAUGAAGAAAGUUUGAGGUAAUUUUGUGAGCCAAUGCCAACUAGUGUUAGCGCAAUGACUGGAAGUCUGUGGGUAUCUACUAGCAACGCUAGUUAGCAAUUGCACUAGUUAGCAACUUCCUUCAAAUAAAAAAAUAAAAAAUGGUAUCCACGAGUUCAUCUGACUCUGGAGAAGUAGUUAAAGGGCCUCUGCCAAAAUCCCAAAGUGUCCCUUUAAUUAAACAAGGAGCUGAUAAGAAAUACUUUAGCUGAGUCACUGUCAUCAUUAGGCACAUACAGUGGGGAAAAAAGUAUUUAGUCAGCCACCAAUUGUGCAAGUUCUCCCACUUAAAAAGAUGAGAGAGGCCUGUAAUUUUCAUCAUAGGUACACGUCAACUAUGACAGACAAAAUGAGAAAAACAUUUCCAGAAAAUCACAUUGUAGGAUUUUUUAUGUAUCUAUUUGCAAAAACCAAGCUGCAUAACCAUAUUGCAGAUUCAGUCUUCCCAGCUGGUGCAGGUCAAAGUUUUUCUGGUGUCCUUUGAACAGCUCUUUGGUUCUUGGCCAUAGUGGAGUUUGGAGUGUGAUGUUUGAGGUGUGCAGGUGAUUUAUACUGAUACAAGUCUCAAACAGUGCCUUAUACUAACGGGUGGAGGACAGAGGACCUCUAAGAAUAAGUUGAAGUCUUGAGAUCUGUUAGACCUGCCAGGCGUGGGAGAUCUGUAAUCUGCAAUAGUACGCAGCUGGUUUGAAAUUCAAUGUUGGAGCAUGAUUGGAAGGAGGACUACAAACCACUGAUACAUCCCCUCGAUCUGGGGCUCCACGCAAGAUCCCAACCAUGGAGUUCAAAAUGUCACAGAGACGGUGAGCAACAAUCCCAGAAACACACGGGGACCUAAUGAAUGACCUGCAGAGAGCUUGGGACAGUCAAAGUACACAAAGCCUACCAUCAGUAACACACUACGCCGCCAGGGACUCAAAUCCUGCAGUGCCAGACGUGUCCCCCUGCUUAAGCCAGUACAUGUCCAGGCCCGUCUGAAGUUUGCUAGAGUGCAUUUGGAUGAUCCAGAAGAGGAUUGGGAGAAUGUCAUAUGGUCAGAUGAAACCAAAAUAGAACUUUUUGGUAAAAACUCAACUCGUCGUGUUUGGAGGACAAAGAAUGCUGAGUUGCAUCCAAAGAACACCAUACCUACUGUGAAGUAUGGGGGUGGAAACAUCAUGCUUUGGGGCUGUUUUUCUGCAAAGGGACCAGGACGACUGAUCCGUGUAAAGGAAAGAAUGAAUGGGGCCAUGUAUCGUGAGAUUUUGAGUGAAAACCUCAUCAGCAAGGGCAUUGAAGAUGAAACGUGGCAGGGUCUUUCAACAUGACAAUGAUCCCAAACACACCGCCCGGGCAACGAAGGAGUGGCUUCGUAAGAAGCAUUUCAAGGUCCUGGAGUGGCCUAGCCAGUCUCCAGAUCUCAACCCCAUUGAAAAUCUUUGGAGAGAGUUGAAAGUCUGUGUUGCCCAGCGACAGCCCCAAAACAUCACUGCUCUAGAGGAGAUCUGCAUGGAGGAAUGGGCCAAAAUGCCAGCAACAGUGUGUGAAAACCUUGUGAAGACUUACAGAAAACGUAAUUGCCAACAAAGGGUAUAUAACAAAGUAUUGAGAAACUUUUGUUAUUGACCAAAUACUUAUUUUCCACCAUAAUUUGCAAAUAAAUUCAUAAAAAAUCCUACAAUGUGAUUUUCUGGAGAAAAAAAAUCUCAAUUUGUCUGUCAUAGUUGACCUGUACCUAUGAUAAAAAAUGACAGGCCUCUCUCAUCUUUUUAAGUGGGAGAACUUGCACAAUUGGUGGCUGACUAAAUACUUUUUUCCCCCACUGUAUCUGAGAAAGAUCCUGUUCCCCUGGCCUUGCUUUCCUCUGGGGUCACACUGUCAAAACAUACCAAGAGCUUUCUCAUCCUGGGGAGUUUGUGUGUGUGUUUAUGCACGUGUGUGUGCACCAGUGGCGGUCAGUGCCGUUUAUGAUGAGGGAGGACUAUUUUUUAUUUUCAUAAGCAUGGCCUUAUUUCUAUUACAGCAUGUUGGAUGACUGUCAUACAUAUUCCAUUCACCCAGUUCAAUGUAACAUUGAUAGGUUUAGGCUACUACAUGAUACUCAAAUUUUCCCUAUACCCAUCAUGAGUUUGCUACAACCUAGCCUAUAAAUGAAAGAUUACAACGUAGGUGCACACAGGUCGAGAGAAAAUGUUGAGAUGACAGACAGUGAACACAUGGACAGACAGUGACACAUUCAAAAGCGCCUUGCACACUCUUGCCUGCAUCUAGCUUAUCUAGGGUGUAAUGAUUAGUCCAACAGUUGCAAACAAGAGUUUCUAUUGGACAAAUUCAGGUAUUUUUAUCCCUGUUUCGUUUGCUUCCGUUUUAAGAAAAACAUUUCAACAGAAUCGGCAGAAUGAAUUCACCGCUGAUCACGCAUAAACACAGUUCCUCCUCUAUGCACUCUCCUCCUCUCACCUUUUCCCUUCGUUUGUGGACUUCAAUGAACAACACAUCAGCUGUAUGUGUUUGGAAAAAACCUUUCCAAACUAUGUCAUAACCGCUUACACACAGCCUACAUCAUUGUCCCCAUAUUAGCUAAGGUAACGUCCUAGUCAACACAGGUAAUAGAACUAAUGUAUUAGUAAACCCGCUACAAUCAAACAAUAACGUUAGUGUAUAGUCAGUAAGCAGUUACACCGGUGAGCCCCGGUGGCAAUAACUUAAUCAAUCCAAAAGCUUACCUUGACUUGGAAGAGUUCCAGUGUUGUGUUGGAUACAUUUACAUUUUAGUCAUUUAGCAGACACUCUUAUCCAGAGCGACUUACAGUUAGUGAGUGCAUACAUUUUUCAUACUAGCCCCCCAUGGGAAUCGAACCCACAACCCUGGCGUUGCAAGCGCCAUGCUCUACCAACUGAGCUACAGCUAGCUAACAUAGCAUCCCUCUGUUUGAUUUGGGUGUUUGAGUAACUAAUCUAGCCAGCUGCAUUUGCUAGCUAAGUAAGUGAAACUGAAACUGAAAAAAAAUGACACUCUCUCCCUCUUUCUUGCUUCUCCUUCAUUUUUGAAUUAAUUAAUCUGCUGAAAACUGUUCAACUAUUGUCUUUCUCUCUCUUUGAGUCAACUACUCACCACAUGCACUGCACUGCUAGCUAGCUGUAGCUUAUGCUUUCAGUACUACAUUCAUUCUCUGAUCCUUUGAUUGGGUGGACAACAUGUCAAUUCAUGCUGCAAGGGCUCUGAUAGGUUGGAGGACGUCCUCCGGAAGUUGUUAUAAUUACUGUGUAAGUCUAUGGAAGGGGGUGAGAACCAAUAGCCUCCUAGGUUUUGUAUUGAAGUCAAUGUACCAAGAGGAGGACGGAAGCUAGCUGUCCUCCAGCUACACCAUGGUGCUACCUUACAGAGUGCUGUUGAGGCUACUGUAGACCUUCAUUGCAAAACCGUGUGUUUAAUCAAUUAUUUGGUGGCGUGAAUAUAUUUAGUAUAGUUUUAUCUAAAAAUAAUGUUUUUCAAUGUUUUACCAUUUUUAUUUUUAUGAAAUUCACUGAGGAGGAUGGUCCUCCCCUUCCUCCUUUGAGGAGCCUCCACUGGUGUGCACAAUUCCUGAAAGCCUCUACACAACACUUUUAGCACCUCUCCCUUUCUACCCCCCACUCACUGUGUCAAUGUUUCCCCUGUCUCUACUCCUAUCUCUCGUUCUCUCACUCACCUGUUUCCACUCUGUUGACCUCUCCCUUUCCCCCUUUCCUCUGUCUGCAUAGUCUUAGUUUGGAUUCUAAUAUUCCCAGUAGUCGAGAGGAAGUUGGGGACGAUAGGGCUGUCCUGUUGUUGCCAAUCUCUGAGAGUCUUACAAAAACAACAGUCAGCCCUUUUAAAGGGGAACAUGCUGUCUCCCUACAUACUCUGAUAAAGGCUUCACCUCCAAGGCAUAGCCAUGGAUUCCAAGGAAAUAUUUUUUAGGUCAUGGAUUCCAAGGAAAUAUUUUUUAGGUCAUGGAUUCCAAGGAAAUAUUUUUUCUUCAAAAGCAACACUGUACUACUUAUUUCAUGCUUGAGGGGCAUUUUAAAAUCUAAUACAGUUACAGACUGGGUUGAUAUCAUGCAGUGUUUUCAAGUAUUUGUAUAGGUUUGGUAUAGUCUGAGAGACAGUGCUAUCUUGUGUGUAGGUGAUGUCAGUGUUUUUGUGUAUAGGUGGUUUGGUGUCAUAGUUCUCAUGUGUUUGGUGUGAUGUUUCAGAGCUGCACCCCACGCUGGAAGCUGUGCGUCAGCGACACAGACAGUGCCCUCGGCUUUGCUCUCGGGGCCCUCUUUGUCAAAGCCACCUUCGCUAAGGACAGCAAGGCCAUUGUAAGUGUUUCAAGGUAUCGCCCACGCAUGCACUACCUACCUCCACUGUGAGCUGCCACUGGGUGAGAUUCUGACAAGCCUUUCCUUUUCCCUGUCUGUCUAUCAGGCAGAAGAUAUGGUCUCUGAGAUCAAAUGGGCAUUUGAGGACAGCCUGAAGUAUGUGGACUGGAUGGACCAGGGGACCAAAAAGGCAGCCAAAGAGAAGGUGGGAGAGAUGGGUUGCUUUGACUAAGUUGUAGAAAGAUGUUUUCCACUACUGGGGAAAGGAACUUGUCAUUACACAGACUAGCAACUCCGGAAAAGUUUAUUCCCUUGUAACUAACAUAAGGUAUGUUGCAGCAAUAGCAUUUCCAUUGUAUUCCAUAAGAGAUUGCCAGACAGGACACAGAAAGCAUAGUCCUUAUUGCUUUAUCGUACUGCUCGUGAAACAGUAACUCUGCAGUGCCAUCUGGUGUUAGCAUCUGUCUCAAUUCACCUCAUCUGCUCUGUUAUAGGCUGAUGCCAUUUACAACAUGGUUGGAUAUCCAAAAUUCAUAAUGGACCCCAAGGAGCUUGACAAAGUGUUCAAUGAUGUAGGUAAAUAUGUGAUUACAUUGAAUAUGCAUACUUCUAUAUUAUGAAGUCCAUGUCUCAUCAUAUGUUGAUAAAAAGACCCAACUCAUUUAUGUUAUUUUAUUGUAAGACACCCUGGUUCUGAGGGUUGCCAAAUUUACAGUAUCUCCUGUUUGCAUUGCUUGUGUGUAAACCUCUUUCUCUCCCUAACCUGAUUCCCCUCUUUCUCAGUUUGAGGUGGUGUCUGACCUGUAUUUUCAAAAUGUCAUGCAGUACUACAACUUCUCUGCCAGAGUGACUGCGGACCAGCUAAGGAAAACCCCCAACAGAGACCAGUGAGUGUCUAUAACCCCCCCCGUUGCUCGCCUCUCUAGGGAGGAGGUCAAAUGCUCUGACAGGUACAAAUUCCCAUUCUGCUGACUCUAUGGAAUACUACUGGCAUCCAGAAACGUUCCCCGGCAGCCAAUUUCCCUCAGCUGAACUGAUAUUUUUCUCUCAAUACAUAGUAUAAGAGAGCAGUUUAGGGUUCUCAUGCUUUCACACUGAUCUCUAGUCAACAGCCUAGCUAAGGGGAUAGGGGAGAGUCAACGACUGGUUGCCACCCUGAUCUCAGGCUUUUGUUCCCUGUCUGUCUUAUAUCCUUUGUCUUGCAUACACAGGUGGAGCAUGACCCCUCCUACAGUAAAUGCAUACUAUAAUCCCACCAAGAAUGAGAUGGUGCUCCCUGCAGGAAUCCUUCAAGCUCCUUUCUAUAGCCGCUCAUGGCCAAAGUAGGUCCCUCUUCCCUUUUCAGUUCCCUAAUACCUCCCCAUCUCAGGCAAAAUUACAAGUACACCACAUUUGUGUGUGUGCCUGCGUGAAUUGUAUACAGUAUGUGUGUGGUGUCUCCUUGAGUGCCUUCACAUAGCCCAGAAUGUAAUUGCUUUGUUAUAAAAUGCUUUUAUUUACUUGAAAGGAUUUUGUUGAACUGUUAAAUACAUUUCCAGGGCCCUGAACUUUGGGGGGAUUGGUGUAGUUAUGGGACAUGAGUUGACACAUGCUUUUGAUGACCAAGGUAAGACUUUGUAUUUUCAUAUACGUUGUAGUGUCUUAACUCUUGUUACUUUAUAUGGGAGACUCAGAAUAAAAGGAUGUGAAUAUAGAAGUUUUGCUACAAACUAAAAGACUCAUUUUAGAACUAUAGCUAGGCUGUACACUUACAGUACCUGGCAGGGGAGACACCUUGAUCAUGAAGGAGGUACACACAGGGUGAGGCUCGGCCCUCGAAUUCCCCAGAUGUGGGAAUCUCUACUGCAUAAUUUGUGGUAGUGGGGGACUAUGUCCGCACUCCCCCCCCCCCAAAAAAAAUAAUGUAUUAUUAUUAUAGGCUGUAAUUUCUGUGAGUUGUAAGCAUCACACCAAUCAAACAUAUGGCACAUUAUGAUUUCAAAUGAGGUCUCCCUUUCUGAAGCAUAUUUGGCUUUAUGUUAAAGGGAGGGAGUACGACAAGGAUGGGAACCUCCGCUCCUGGUGGAAGAACUCGUCUGUCGAGGCCUUUAAGAAGCAGACCCAGUGUAUGGUGGAGCAGUACAGUAACUACAGCAUCAACAAGGAACCCCUCAAUGGAAAACAAACCUUAGGAGAGAACAUAGCUGACAAUGGUGGCCUGAAGGCUGCCUACAAGGUUUGUAUGAUAGGGAGGUGUUGUUAGGGUGGGCUAGGGGGGAAGUAGACUUGACAAUUCAACUUACAAACACGCAUACUGAAAUGUGCAUACGUUUCAGAAUCAUCAAUGUGGGAUGCAGUAUUUGGAAGGUCUGAGGGCAAGAAAGAGACUCUUUAAAAAUAAAAAUAAAUGUUUUACUGUUCUCUAUGGCAAGAGGAGGAUAAUGCAUGAUGCCUGUAACAUGACCCUUGUCUGCUUUGAAGGCUUAUGUGAACUGGAUUGCAAAGAAUGGAGAGGAGGCCACACUGCCCGCCCUGGGGAUGACUAAUCUUCAGUUAUUUUUUGUUGGAUUCGCCCAGGUUUGUGCCACUUACAGUACCUCCAUGUCUGUGGCAAAUUUAGUAAUGCAUUCUCUAGCAUGCCUGCCUUCAACAUUGUUAUGUAUUAAUUUGAAUGACCUAUUACAUUGAUCAUGUAAAUAAAGGACUAUUCACUCUAAAAUCCUUAAUAAUAUGUGUCUGUGCUUCCUGCUAUGUGUAGGUAUGGUGCUCAGUUCGAACUCCGGAAAGCUCGCAUGAGGGCAUCAUCACAGAUCCACACAGUCCGUCAAGAUUUCGAGUUAUUGGCACCAUCUCCAAUUCCCAUGAGUUCUCCGAGCACUUUGGCUGCAAGGCAGAUGCCCCAAUGAACCCUAAACACAAGUGUGAGCUU